GUGAGGGGGACGAUCCCGGCGCUGCAACACGGUAGGCAGGGCCAGCAUUUCCGUAAUGAUCAUCAUAUGUCAAGGAAGCAAUGUUUUCCUCAGUUCAGCUGCUGUGACGGACCUUAUCGGCUCCGGACGGACCGCUCGCCAUUUUAAUCUGUCAUUUGAGGAAUUACACGUUUAUAUAUCCAUCAUACGGCGUUUCUAUACGGUGACACAGAUCUCCACGAUGAUGGACAUGGAGGUGAUGCAUUCCAGUCAACAGGACAUGAACCUGAUUGACAUCCUGUGGAAGCAGGAUAUUGAUCUGGGUGCCAGGCGCGAGGUGUUUGACUACAAUCACCGUCAGAAGGAACAUGAGCUGCAGCGGCAGCGCGAGCUGGAGGAAGAGAAGAGGCAGGAUCUGCUGCGGGAGCAGGAGAAGGCGCUGCUGGCACAGCUACAGCUCGACGAGGAGACGGGGGAGUACAUACCAUGCCCGCCGACCAGCGCCCCGCUGCAGACGGCCGUCACGCCUCUCGAGGUUACACAGAAUGUCAGCUUCACAGAGGGGAACGGUGAGACCAUGUCUUUUGCUGAGUGCUUGCAGCUGCUGGCAGAGACGUUUCCUGUAGAGGAAGCUGAGAACUCCUCAGUUUGCUUGGACACACCUGCUGUUUCAGCACCCAUGAUGCCCCCGGAGCAGCCAGCCGCGACGCCGGCCGCCCUUUCCCCACCGUCACCACCACACCAACAGAGGAUGGUCCCGGAUCUGGAGCAGGCCUGGAUGGAGCUUUUGUCCCUCCCUGAGCUGCAGCAAUGCCUGAGCAUGCAAAUGGAGGAUACACUGGAGACCACGACUUAUCCUCUUCCAAACAGCUCGGACAUCCAGAAUCCAAACUACACUUUUUACCCCAUGGCUGACCUCACAGAGGGGGAAACAAACAAUGUCAACGUUUGUCCGGCAGAGUUUAUGAAUACUCUUAAUGGCUCUGUUACCAGUGUGGCUCCAGCAGACACCAUCUCCCAGAUGAAAGCAGCAGAGGAUCCAGUGUUAAAUACUAACUUCAGUGCAGAACAUUUCUGUGACAUUUUUUACCCCAAUGCUAUUGUGGAAGAGAGCAGUGGGCAGCAUGGCCUUGAAGGAAAUGAAAUGAAAACCAUCUCUGAUACCCAAAACAAGCCUUCUUUCACUCCACUGGACCUUUACAGCCUCUCGCCUGGUGAUGCAUUUGAAAAAGGCAAACCAAAUGUGAUGGCAGAAUUGCCGGACUCAGAUUCAGGAAUCUCUUCAAACACAAGUCCGAAUUCGAGUUCCCCCGGGAAGUCUGUGUAUGGAGAUGGCUCCUUUAUUUACAGUGAUUCAGACAUGGAGGAGAUGGACCAGAACCCUGGCAGUGCAGAAUCUGAUUACUCAGAGAUGUUCUCCAUUAAUUUCCAACCUGAUGAUCUUCUGCCUGCAUUUUCUGUUUAUUCUAUAACAGGGCAGUCUGAUCAGCUGGAAAAGAAACCCAAACACCUUAAGACCGACCCAGCAGAGGAGAGCGGUCACAACAAUGCUCCCUUCACCAAAGACAAGCUGAAGAAACGCUCUGAUGUGCGUCUCUCCAGAGACGAGCAGAGGGCUAAGGCCCUCAAAAUCCCCUUCACUGUAUCGAUGAUUAUCAACCUGCCCGUUGACGAUUUCAACGAGCUGAUGUCAAAGCACCAGCUGAACGAGGCUCAGCUGGCCCUGGUCCGAGACAUACGGCGCCGCGGCAAGAACAAAGUGGCUGCCCAGAACUGCCGCAAACGCAAGAUGGAGAGCAUAGUGGGUCUGGAGAGCGACCUGGACUCACUGAAGGAAGAGAAGGAGCGUCUGCUGGACGAGAAGAGCCAGAACGCUGCAGACCUGAAGGAAAUGAAGCAGCAACUCAACAGCUUGUACCUGGAGGUCUUCAGCCAGCUGAGAGACGAGAAGGGACAUUCAUACUCGCCGUCUGAAUACUCCCUCCAGCAGUCCACCAACGGCAGCAUCUUCCUGGUUCCUCGUGUGAAAAAGACUUUUAUAAAGAGUGAAGACAAACACUCAUCUCCUUAAUAGUAUGGUACUGCAUUAUUCUAGUAAUACUAUGCAAUAACUUUGUAGACGCUCAGCUUUGAAGCAUUACUUGCUUAGCAGAACUAUUGUAUAGUUUUUGCGCACUUCUCUUGAAUGUAAUAUUUUUGAUAUUUUACUUUUGUACUCUGAUAUCGUCAAAGAUUCUUUAACAAAUAUCGUUUGUAAAUAUAAACAUCACUUGCUAUUGAGAUU